AUUUCAUAUUCUUUUCUUCCUCUUACCCCCCCAAAAAAAUAAAAAAAAUAUCUCAAAAAUUGCAAAAAAAAUCAUGGUGGUUUUACCAAUGAAAAGAGAAAGAGAAGGAGAAUUCGAUAUAACAACCAUGGCAAAUUACUUGAUGUUAUUUUCACGUCAAGAAAAUCAUUUCAACACUAUGGUUAACAACUCUCCUAGUCGAGUUUUCGAGUGCAAGACUUGUAAUAGACAAUUUUCAUCGUUUCAAGCACUAGGUGGUCAUCGAGCAAGUCAUAAAAAGCCAAGAUUAAUGGGAGAAAUGAAUUUUCAUUUGCCGAUUUCACCACCUAAGCCAAAAACACAUGAAUGUUCAAUUUGUGGACUUGAAUUUCCUAUUGGACAAGCUUUAGGUGGACAUAUGAGAAGACAUAGAGGUAUGUUAAAUGAAAAUAACAAUAAUAAUAAUAAUAAUCAAGUUCCUAAUCAUGAUGUUGUGAAGAAAUCAUCAAAUAAUCCAAGAGUUUUGUGUUUGGAUUUGAACUUAACACCAUUGGAAAAUGAUUUAGAGUUCAAGUUGAAGAAGGCAAAUCCUAUAGUUGAUUGCUUUUUGUGAUCAAUCCUUAAUAUUGGAUCGGAUCGCGAAUUUACGACAGGAGUUCUAUGAGUUCAAGUGAUCAAUCCAAUCAUUUACAUAUGCUGAACUCGCUGAUUCUAAAUUCUGGAUUUAUAUCGAUAUAUUUUUGCACAUAUAUAUCUAAAACAUCUAGAUGUUUCAUUAUUUCAAUUUUUUUUUUCUAAUUCUAUUUUUUUCUUAUGUAUUUUGUACUAGAUAUGGAUUUAUUUAUUCGUUUAUAUGAGGGAAUAUAGGACCUUAGCCCUAAUAGAUGUAAUAUAUAGCACCAUAUUUAGUGUAAUUAAUAUAUACUUGAUGAUUGUUUUA